AUGCAGCGACCCGGCGGCCAAGGGACCGCGUUCUCCAUCGACUCCCUGAUAGGAACCCCGCAGCCGCGGCCGGGACACCUGCUCUACACCGGCUACCCCAUGUUCAUGCCCUACAGACCGCUGGUCAUCCCGCAAGCCAUGUCCCACUCGUCCCUCACCUCGGGUCUGCCUCCGCUGGCCCCGCUGGCCUCGUUCGCGGGCCGGCUGACCAACACGUUCUGCGCGAGCCUGGGCCAGGGGAUGCCCUCCAUGGUGGCCCUCACCACCACGCUGCCCAGCUUCUCCGACCCGCCCGACAGCUUCUACCCCCCGCCGCAGGAGCUGCCCGGGCCGAGGCUUGGUGCUGUUGACCCGGGGAGCAGGCGGCAAGGGAGCCCGCUGGAGGAGGACCUGCACGCCCGGGACAAGGCCAGGGAAGACCUGCUCAACUUCUCGGAAACUUUUCAGACCAUAUCAGGUGAAACCAAACUGUACAGCUCGGACGACGAGAAAAUGGACCGUAAGUCCGCAGACCCGACCUGCAGUGACCGGGAGGACAGCUCCGUGGACAGCGAGAACGAGAGCUUCUCGGACGGCAACACAUGCGGCUCCCUGUCCCAGAAGACCAAGCUGAAGACGGGCUCCCACAACGCCCUCCCAACGGGCGGCUCCUCCGCGGGGAAGAGCCGGAGGAGGCGCACGGCGUUCACCAGCGAGCAGCUCCUGGAACUGGAGAAGGAGUUCCACUGUAAGAAGUACCUGUCGCUCACAGAGCGCUCGCAGAUCGCCCACGCACUGAAGCUGAGCGAGGUGCAGGUGAAGAUCUGGUUCCAGAACCGCAGGGCCAAAUGGAAACGGAUCAAGGCCGGUAACGUGAACAACCGCUCGGGAGAACCGGUGCGGAACCCCAAGAUCGUGGUGCCCAUCCCGGUGCACGUCAACAGGUUCGCGGUGAGGAGUCAGCACCAACAGAUAGAGCAGGGGACCAGGCCUUGA